ACUGUAGAAACGAGAAGAGUCUGCAGACCCUGAGGAGGAGCUAAGUUCGCAGACUCGUUCAUAAAUAAAGCUAACGCUAGCAAGCUAAUUCAGUCAAAAAUGCGAAAAAAAGAUUAAUAAACCUAAGUCUAUUAUUGAAUUCUUUAUAACAAUGAUAUAAACACUGAAGUAUGUUAACCUAGUUAGCUGGUAAGCCUGUUCUCAAACCAGCUACCUUAUCAAACUACGCUAGCUAACGCUAGCUAAUGGGUUUAGCUAGUUAACUAGUGAGCUAAGAUAACCAAGUCCACUAAACUGUGUUGUUCACUUGGUUGCCUUGUUUAAUCAAAUCAAAUCCGCGACUAUGGGGAAAGAUGUGGAGGAGGUUGCAGCGUCUCUAGUCCGGGAAUAUCUCAGUCGAAAGGGCCUGAAGAAAACGAUAGCUUGCAUGGAUGUGGAGCUUCCGAGGACAAAUUUGAGCAUCAACAACAGAACUGACCUUCGCCGAGUUCUUCAUCUGGAAAGUCUUUACAAAAAAAAUAAGUCUGAGGAGCACCCACUGAAAUCGAUGCUGGAGAUGAUGGUGAAGGAGCGGAUGAAGAAAGGUGCAGAGGUUAAAAGAAGUUCUCUGAUGGACAACAGAACUCAAGAGAUCCCAGCUGAGGAAAAUUUGCCAAAAUCUGGUUCAUCCUUCACUGAGGAAGAUUCUUCUUCUGAGAGGAAAGAUAAAGAUGUUAUGGAUCAGCACAGACACAGAGCGAGUUUGUCCGAGGGCAGCUCUGCUGUGUCACAGCUUAUAGCGCCAUCUUCAGCAGACCAGACUCCUUCACCAAAGAGCUCCAGGAGCAGUUCUCUAGUUUCAGAAGGUGAGAGAAACAUAUCGUUCUCCAGUCAUGAUGGUCUCUUCACCUCGGGUAAGGUGGGGUCCAGUUCUGAGAGGAAGAGCGAUGAUGUGGACGGUCAGGGCAGCAGGACCAGCAAAAUGAGGAGAGGCCUCAUGGCAGGUCCCAUCACUACAUCAGCUCAGGAAAACAGUCGGAGACGUCCUGCUCGAAAAGCAGCUGGAUCUUUGAGCUUCUUAUCCCAGGCUGACAGUGACUCCGACAGGAUGAAGUGGACAGGCCGGAGCUGGAGCUUGGAUGCUGGACACACAGAGUCUGUUGGAAUCAGCUCUUUUGAGACAGACAGCUGCGGGUCAGUCAGUUCACCCAGACAGGAAACAGAGAGCGAUGGGUCUGAUGGGGUGCAGAGAGUGAAAUCACACAAAAACAAAUCAGCACACGGUCCAAGAGUUGAUGGUCUCCACAUGGAAGGAAUGGCUCUGGAUGACAUUGAUGAUGAGGAGGAUCUGGGGGGAUUUUCAGCAGCACCAGUUCAUAACUCUUUACCUCAGCUCAAUUUAAACAAACAUCCUAUGGACCAGCAAACAGCCACAGCCUUGAAGGAGAUCAUAUUCGGCUCUCCUGUUAUGUGCUUUAGUGAGGAGUGGAAACGCCAGAGUUUCACCUUUUCAAACACACAUGGUCUGAGAUAUGGGAUCGUGCAGAAGAAGGGAGGACCGUGUGGAGUGCUCGCUGCUGUCCAGGCCACUGUUCUCCAGAAACUUCUAUUUGAAAGAACCAGCAGUGACUCGCCGUCGGAGAGGCUGCGGGUUUCGGAUGCUGAGAGGACGACGUGCCUGGCCGAAGCCGUGGCUGAAAUCCUGUGGAGGGCUGGAGGCAGGAAGAGAGCCACUGUUGCUGUAAACUCUGGCAGGAGGCUGUUCACGCCAGUGGGCCACUACAGGCCUGAUGGGGUUCUGGAGACGAUCACCUGCAUCAGUGUUGAGGGUUUGGAUGAUCUCCAGCUGCUGCUCCAGCAGAACAUUCAGCAGUUUGAGUCAGGUCCCUUCGGCUGCGUCCUGCUCAUCGUCUCCGCCGUCCUCUCCAGAACCAUUCAGAUGGUAAGAGGAGAUAUGGACGUGCCCACAUCCACGCUUAUCGGUGCUCAUGGCUACUGCACACAGGAACUGGUAAACCUGCUGCUUUGUGGACAGGCAGUCUCGAACGUCUUCAACGAUGAAAUGAAGCUGGACUCAGGAAACGGUAACUUUACGCUUCUGAAGGGGAUCAGAGAGCGAAGCGACGUCGGCCUGCUGUCGUUAUUUGAGCAUUUUAAUCUAUGUAAGGUGGGCUCGUACCUGAAGACCCCCAGGUUUCCGCUGUGGGUGGUCUGCAGUGAGAGCCACUUCAGUGUGCUGUUCUCGCUGUGCAAGGAUCUGACCUCCAGCCAAUGGAGCCCCAGAGAGUUUGACUUGUAUUACUAUGACGGUCUGGCCAAUCAGCAAGAGCCAAUCAGAUUAACAGUCUAUCCAGGUUCUGAUGUAAGGACCGCUAACACUGAUGACCCGGACCUCAUACCUCCUUUAGAGCUCUGCAUCAGUACCAGAUGGACAGAUGCAGUCGUGAGCUGGAACGAAAGUGAGCCGAUUCUAUGAUUGUGCAUCGAACUGAAUAACAGUCAUUAAUCUACAAUGACGACGACGCUGCUGCUGCUGCUGCUGCUGCUGCUGCUGGGCUGAUCAUGUACUUACUGAUAUAAUCCAGAUAAACCGACCACUUCCGUUUCAGAAAUACUUCAUUAUGUAGUGUGUUUUCGAAAACGGAUAAAUACUCCUACAUGGUGUGCUGCUUUUUACUGCCUUUACUUUUUUUAUUUGCCUUAUUUUUGUGUUAUUUUGGUUGUACACAAGUUUGCAGUAUUAAUGUUUCACCGUUUAUUUAUUAAACAGAUUAUUAGCUGUUCA